AUGUCCCGAAGACACUCCCAGUUCCGCCCGUGCAUUGACUUGCACUCUGGCGUUGUCAAGCAGAUCGUCGGUGGAACGCUUGACCUCGACUCGGCCGCCGCGGGACCGAAGGAGAACUUUGUUGCCGAGAACCCGCCGAAGUUCUACGCCGAGCUGUACCGCAGCAACGGCCUUGUUGGUGGACAUGUGAUCAAGCUCGGUCCUGGAAAUGACGCCGCUGCUCGUGAGGCGCUCGCUGCCUGGCCGAAUGGACUACAGGUCGGCGGUGGCAUCAAUGCGGGCAACGCCCAGGAGUGGCUCGACGCGGGCGCGGAGAAGGUCAUUGUGACGUCGGCGCUCUUCCCUGGCGGCAAGUUCGCCGAGGAGGUGCUUCGCGAGAUGUCGCAGAAGGUCGGAAAGGAGCGUCUGGUCGUCGACAUCAGCAUCAAGCUCAUCGAGCAGUACUGCUCCGAGCUGCUGAUUCAUGCGGCCGACGUCGAAGGCCUGUGCCAGGGCAUUGACGAGGAGCUCGUCAAGGCUCUCGCUUCCUGGGUCUCGAUUCCGUGCACCUAUGCGGGCGGCGCGAAGGAACUCGGCGACCUCGCCCUUGUCGACCAGCUGUCGAACGGCAAGGUCGAUCUCACGUUCGGCUCGGCGCUGGACAUUUUCGGCGGAAAGGGAGUCAAGUUUGACGACCUCGUAGCGGAGGACAAGAAGGCCAAGGACGCCAGCCAGUAA